AUGUUUGACGACGAGGGGGGUCGCGGCGUCGUGGCGGUGAAGCGGAUGAGGCUGUGGGAGGAGGACGAGGUGGAGGUGGUGGUGGAGGAGGAGGAGGAGGAGGAGGAGGAGGAGGGGAUGGAGGUGGACGCGGAGGCGGAGGACGAUCCGGGGUGGCCGUGGGGCGCGCCUCCGGCAGCGGGGCUCGGGGAGCCCAGGGCGGCGGCGAUCAUCGUGGCGGACGCCGCAGAGGUCGACUUCCCCGUCAUCUACGUCAACGCCGCCUUCGAGGCCGCCACGGGGUACCGCGCGCACGAGGUGCUCGGCCGCAACUGCCGAUUCCUACAAUUUCGGGAUCCACGUGCCCAAAGGCGACAUCCCCUUGUUGAUCCCAUGGUUGUUUCAGAGAUUCGGCGAUGCCUCAAUGAGGGGAUUGAAUUCCAAGGCGAGCUGCUGAAUUUCCGGAAGGAUGGUGCUCCACUUUACAACAGAUUAAGGCUCAUUCCUAUGCAUGGGGAUGAUGGCUAUGUGACACAUGUUAUUGGAAUCCAGCUAUUCUCUGAGGCAAACAUCGAUCUCAGCAGCGUAUCAUAUCCAGUGUAUAAGCAACAGUCCAACAACAGGCUCAGCAUUCAAGAUCUGAACUCAGCUUCCCAUGAGCAUGCUCCAAAAAUCCAGAGUUCAGACCACUGUGGUAUAUUUCAAUUGUCAGACGAAGUUCUUGCACACAACAUUCUAUCUCGCCUGUCACCAAGAGAUGUUGCAUCCAUUGGAUCAGUCUGUACCAGAAUGCAUGAACUAACCAAGAAUGAUCACCUGAGGAAGAUGGUCUGCCAGAACGCAUGGGGAAGGGAUGUCACUGUCAGGCUUGAGAUGAGCACCAAGAUGGUAGGAUGGGGUCGUCUUGCAAGAGAGUUAACAACUCUUGAGGCAGCCUCAUGGAGGAAGUUCACAGUUGGAGGGCGCGUUGAGCCUUCCCGAUGCAACUUCAGUGCCUGCGCUGUUGGUAACCGUCUUGUCCUUUUCGGAGGGGAGGGUGUCAACAUGCAGCCUAUGGAUGAUACAUUUGUGCUUAACUUGGAGGCUGCAAGGCCAGAAUGGCGCCGCGUCAAGGUUUCUGCCUCUCCACCUGGCCGGUGGGGGCACACUCUAUCAUGGCUGAAUGGGUCAUGGCUGGUAGUAUUUGGAGGCUGCGGACAGCAAGGUUUGCUCAACGAUGUCUUUGUCCUUGACCUUGAUGCUCAGCAGCCAACAUGGAGGGAGGUUGCAAGCGAGGGUCCUCCACUGCCACGGUCUUGGCACAGCUCAUGCACCCUGGAUGGUUCGAAGCUCGUCGUAUCAGGUGGCUGCACCGAGUCUGGUGUUCUUCUCAGCGACACCUUCCUCCUUGACCUCACAAAGGAGAAACCUGCAUGGAGGGAGAUUCCUACAUCCUGGUCACCUCCAUCCCGCCUCGGCCACACCAUGUCCGUCUAUGGUACAACUAAACUGUUCAUGUUUGGUGGACUGGCAAAGAGCGGCUCGCUCCGACUGCGCUCCAGCGACGCCUACUCAAUGGAUGUUAGCGAAGAUAGUCCGCAGUGGAGACAGUUGGCGACGACUGGAUUCCCAAAUGCCGGCCCGCCACCAAGGCUCGAUCACGUCGCAGUGAGCCUGCCCUGUGGACGGAUCAUCAUAUUUGGGGGCUCGAUUGCGGGACUCCACUCCCCAGCGCAGCUGUUCCUGAUCGAUCCCGCAGAGGAGAAGCCGACAUGGAGGAUCCUGAACGUACCCGGCCAGCCACCCAAGUUCGCCUGGGGGCACAGCACCUGCGUGAUUGGCGGCACCAGGGUCCUGGUUCUCGGAGGCCACACAGGGGAGGAAUGGAUACUGAACGAGCUACAUGAGCUCUGCCUAGCAAGCAGGCCCGACGAGGACGACUGA